AUGGUCCAAGAAAGAAAGCAUGCUUCAGGACCACGUAGCAGAAUAGGCUGGUUGCAAACUCUCAGAGCAAUACUAAAACUUUCUGAAGAAAUGUUACAUGAACGGGAAUAUUUUAUGACAAAGAGGUGCAAUCAGGAUUGUCUUGAAAAUUUUUUCAGUCGUAUCCGAGGGAGUGGGGGCAAUCGCACAAAUCCAUCUGCUUAUGAAUUUUCUUCACUUUUCAAGAUUGCAUGUGUAAAUUCUUUCCGUAACACAAAUAAGUUUUCAAAUUGUGAGCCAGAUGGGGAUAAAUUUAUGUUUUUCAUUUUGUCUGCAGUACCAUCAACUACAAUUGAGGAAAAUGAAGUACAGAAGGAGGAGGUGAAAGAAGGACAAAUUACAAGUAAUGAUGAUUUUGAUGACUCUCUUGUCAUUGAUUUUGAUUCCCCUUGUCAGGAUGCAUGUUUUGAAAGACUUGAUAAUUUGUCACAAAAUGUUGUUGCUUAUCUGAGUGGAUAUUUAUCCAGAAAGGUAUUAUAUUCCUUGAAUCUUAAUGAGUGUGAUAUAUGCAGUAUUUCACUGACAGACAGAACAAAGCCAAUGCUGCAGCAUACUCUAUUUUUAUACCUUAAAGAAUAUAAAAAUCAGGAUAUAACGGAAGGAGGAUUGACACAUCCGUCAGAAAGCAUGACAAAAUGCAUUGCUGAACUUCUUCAGAAAGCAAAUAAUUUUUUCUCCCACCACUUGCCAAUAUGUAACAUUUUGCAAAAUCUGAAAAAUGUGUUAUCACAGUUACCAGUGUUUCAGUUUUUGUGCUGUGAACUUCAUUCAAAUGAUGUUAAAAAGAAGAUUGUAUCUUUUGCCUCUGCUUUUUUUUUAAAAAAUUCAUCUUCGGGAAAAAAAAUAGAAAAAUUAGUAAAUAUAACACAGAUCUGAAAAAACUACAAAAGGGGAAACAUUAAUAGAAAUGUAAUUAACUAAAUUAAAAGCAAAGGGUGUAUGUGCUACUUUGUGUGAAUUGCUGAGGGUUUUUUUUUUUUUUCAUUAUUAUUAUGU